AUGCACUCAGCUCUCCCUUCUCCCCCGAAACACUCAUUCUUCCUCUCGCCCCUCCAGUCAGUCAUCCCCUUGGGGAGCCACAACGCAAGUGGGUGGGUGAGUGGUGUGGUGGCGUACGAGACGGUAGGGAUGCGAUUUGACUCGCCUGUCAAAUUGCACCAUCAUCUCAAGCAUCGUCUCCGCCCCCCUAGGGGAGCAACGGGGCAGGUGGUGGCGACGUAUGAGACGGUGGGGGUGCGCUUUGACUCGCCCGUGCCGGGAGGUCACUCCCUCAGCGGCCUCUGUGACGGCGGCCACGGCCACAUCUGCUACGCAUCUGAGCUGCUAUUGGAGGAAUCAUCGAGCAGUGUGAAAGAGUGUCCAGCCACCGUGGCUCUCAUGCAGGUGCUGGAGAAGGAGCUGCCACGUGGACCAAUCAUCGUCUUCAUCCGCGACGCUUCGCGAUUGGCCGAGGCCUCCUCAAGUGCGGCCCAGUUUGAGGCGCAAAUGAGUCGUCUGGUGGGGCCCAUCGUGUUUGUUGGCUCUGUCGCUCGCUCCGAAUCCUCAUCUGCUGCUGCUGCGAAAGAUGCGGUGAGUGUGCACUUUGUGCUUUCUCCACUCGAGUCGCCUUGGGGGGAGGGCAUUGUCUUUGUCGGCUCUGUCGCUCGCUCCGAAUCCUCCUCUGGUGCUGCUGUUGGGAAAGAUGUGCAGAGGGGGCGGCAGGGGGGGGCGGCAGCAGCCGCCGGGCCUGCCAGCACGGCUUGGGAGCCGCUCAGUGACAUGUUUCCGAACCGCUUUGUGGUUCGGCAGCCCAGGGCAGGUCCGGCGGCAGAGGUGUGGGCGAAGCUGAUGGAGCGAGACGCACAGCUCAUGCAGAUGCUGGCCAACCGCCGGCUGCUGGAGAAGGUCAUGGCAACCAACGAGCUCACCUGCACUGACCUGGACAAGGUCACUUUCGCCGAGCCUCUAUCAGAAGAAG